AUGUUGUCGCUGGCACACCUGGGCGUGUCUUUGAUAUGAUUCGUCGCAGAAGUUUGAGGACACGUGCUAUCAAGAUGUUGGUUUUGGAUGAGGCUGAUGAAAUGUUGAAUAAAGGUUUCAAAGAACAGAUCUAUGAUGUGUACAGGUACUUGCCCCCGGCCACUCAGGUGGUGCUCAUCAGUGCCACGCUGCCCCAUGAGAUCCUGGAGAUGACCAACAAGUUCAUGACCGAUCCUAUCCGCAUUUUGGUGAAACGUGAUGAACUGACUCUAGAAGGCAUCAAGCAGUUUUUUGUGGCUGUGGAGAGAGAAGAGUGGAAGUUCGACACGCUGUGUGACCUCUAUGAUACGCUGACCAUCACUCAGGCUGUUAUCUUCUGUAACACCAAGAGGAAGGUUGACUGGCUGACGGAGAAGAUGAGGGAAGCCAACUUCACUGUGUCAUCCAUGCACGGGGACAUGCCCCAGAAGGAGCGCGAGUCCAUCAUGAAGGAGUUCCGGUCGGGUGCCAGCCGAGUGCUCAUUUCUACAGACGUCUGGGCCCGGGGGCUGGACGUGCCCCAGGUGUCCCUCAUCAUUAAUUACGACCUGCCCAACAACAGAGAGCUGUACAUACAUAGAAUUGGGCGAUCAGGUCGAUAUGGCCGAAAGGGCGUGGCCAUUAAUUUUGUGAAGAAUGAUGAUAUCCGAAUCCUCAGAGACAUUGAGCAGUACUACUCCACUCAGAUUGACGAGAUGCCCAUGAACGUUGCUGAUCUGAUUUGAACAAUCUGCUUGUUGGAGCCUGUUCACCUAUUUUGUAUCAAUUUGGAAAUAUUUAGGGGCAGUUUCUAUUUCAUGGGGUUUAUGUGAACUCUCUUCUCAAAGCCCCCCCAGGACAAACUUUGGAGAUUCUGCCACCUUUUCUUACCCACAUGUAAAUAAUGCAUUGCUUUAAGUCUUUUUCAUUAAACAUUUAAAAUUUUU